GACCACGACUCUCCACAACAAUCGUCUCCUUUGCACCAGAGCUCGGAUCGCCAGGACUCAUCUGCCAUUUCGGAGCAUUUGCUGCAAGCCGCCAGGUGGCCCUACUGCUGAGGAGAUGGCAGAUUUCCCAGUCUCCCUGGACUCCUUUCAGCGGGUACCUCAGCCCAGCAGUGUCUUCUUCCUCACCCACCUCGUCCUCUUCCUCCAGCCUGGGGAGACAAACUCAGGUGAGGUCAAGGUGAUUGGCCCUGGGGAGCCCAUCCUGGCGACCGUCGGCGGGGAGGUGGAGUUCUUCUGCCACCUGUCCCCGUACCAAGACGCCGAGCACAUGGAGAUCCGCUGGUUCCGCGGGCGGGCGGCGGACGUGGUGCACCUCGCCGUGGGCCUGCAGCUCCAGGCCGUGCGCCCCGCCGACCAGGGCCCCUACGGCUGCCGCUUCCUCUCCGCCGACUUCGCCGGGGAGGCCGUCUGGGAGCUGGAGGUGACGGGGAUGGGGUCAGACCCUCACAUCUCCCUUGUGGGCUUCAAGGAAGGAGGCAUUCAGCUCAGGUGCAGCUCCAGUGGCUGGUACCCCAAGCCCCAGGUCCAGUGGAGAGACCAUCGGGGACAGUGCCUGACUGUGGAGUUCGAAGCCAUCAUCCAGGACGCCCAGGACCUGUUCAGUCUGGAAACAUCUGUGGUCGUCCAAGAGGGUACCCACCACAAUGUGUCCUGCUCCAUCCAGAACCCCAUUCUGCUCCAAAAGAAAGAGUUCAUGGUCCAAAUAGCAGACGUGUUCUUACCGGGGCCCUCGCCGUGGAAGGCGGCUUUCCUGGGCACCGUGGCGGGCGGCCUGCCGCUCCUCCUCGCCCUGCUCGCCGCGCUGGCGCUGUUCAUCUUCCUCAGGCAGCGGCGGUGCCAAGGUACCCGCCGGGGGCGGAAACUCACAGCGGAGCUGGGGAAGCUGCAGUCGGAGCUUGACUGGAGAAGAGCUGAAGGCCAGGCUGAGUGGAGAGCAGCCCAACAGUAUGCAGUGGACGUGACCCUGGACGCGGCCUCUGCGCACCCCAGCCUGGACGUCUCCCAGGACGGCAAGAGCGUGUGUUCGCGCGGGUGGGUGAUGGGGCUGUGGAACGGCUGCGAGUACUUCGUGCUGGCGCCGGAGCGCGUGGCGCUGUCCCCGCGCGUGCCGCCCCGGCGCGUGGGCAUCUUCCUGGACGUCGAGGCCGGAAAGCUGGCCUUUUUCAACGUGUCCGACGGAUCCCACAUCUUUACCUUCACCGACGCCUUCUCGGGGCCGCUCUGCGCCUACUUCAGGCCCAGAGCCCCCGACGGCGGCGAACACCCGGACCCGCUCACCAUCUGCCCGCUGCCCGUUCGAGGGACACAGGUCCUCGAGGAGGACGACGGCGACACCUGGGCGCAGCCCUACGAGCCCUCGGCCCCCGCGCUGGGCCCGUGGUGAGGCGCCCAGGGCCGCGCGCUGGGUCCCCGACGGACGGGCCCAGAAGGGGACAGAGAGAGGGACUUGGCCUGUGUAGACGUGGGCGUGUGUUUAUAAUUUUCUUUAAGAAAAAGCGGCAAUUCCGGAGCUCGUCUGUGUGUCAUAGGAUUGAGC